AUGUUAGCGACUUCUGAAAGGGACUUGAUGUGGGAUAUCACAGGAAGGAACAUCAAGAAAUUUAUGGAUGCCCUCCAAGUAGCUGGUGAGGUAUCAGCUGAUAAUGUCUUAGAAACUCUCAAGCUAUUAGAAGUCAAAAUCUUAAAUAAUAAAAUGUCAACUGCACUGUGCCAGAAGGUGACAGAUACCAUCAUCACCUACCUGAAGAUGUUGAAGCCACAUGGAGAACUGGAGGAGAUGUGUACAGCAGUCUUAAUGGCUGUGGGGUCCCACUUCCCAGGAAUGGUCAUUGUCAAGCUGUGGGACAGACCUGAUCUGCAGAGCCUGCCCCCAAGGAGCCUCUUGGUGUCAGUGGGGAAACUUAACCUCUACCAGGGUACGAUCACCUACAUUGGUGCUACAUGGAAUUAUAUCCUGCGCUUGCUGAGGAUGGCUGAGGAGGAGGAGGAUAUGUUGGCGAUGUGUCAUGUGCUCAGCAGAUUGGUUGUCAGUGCCCGGAAGCAUCUGGAUAUGGGCUCUAAGGAUGGUGAAGAAAGGGACAUAACACCUGAGACAGCGUCUAUCAAGGCCUACCACACCCUUCGGGUUCUGUUCAACCGUUGGCCCCUGAAGGACAUGAAGAAGGUGAGUGAAAAAAUCAUCAACACAGAUCCUCAUUCUGUGCAGAACCACAACGUUUCCCUGAGGGCUUUCUCCCUGUUGACCAAGUUGUACAAUAAUCAGAUGGUAUCUUUAAUACGAAAGACCAUGGAAUCCAAGGAUCCAGCCAGGGUUAUGUCAGCCCUUCAGGUCUUCCGGGAUGUAUUCCAUGUUGUGUCCCAGACAGAGAAACUGCGGAGUGAGGUGAUAAAUUCUGUCAUCAUCGUGAUACAGGAGGAUUUCAAGCCAGUGCGUGGAGCCCUCCUGAACUUCAUUGAGACCCUGAGCCAGUAUGACUACUUAACCCUGUCCCAGGGGAACGUGGUCAUUGACUACCUCAUCAAGCUCAGCCAGUCCAACUCCUCAAAUGAAGAGGAUAUUCGAAUAAUGUGCUUCAAAAUCCUACAGAUGGUGCUGGGGCCCCCUUUGAGAAGCAGCUUGGCAGAGUACAAGGAGGACAUUGGGCAGCAAGACUGGAGGCCUGACAACAUCUUGGCCUUUGUGACUCUGAGUAAGGCAGCCACAGAGAUAGCUCUAAAGGCACGGACCCUGGGCCAGGUCCCCUACCUCAGCAACUUCCACCUCAUGCGUGAGUACAGGGGAGGGGCAGCCUCUGGACAGGUGGCAUCUGUGAGCAUCCAGGCUGCGACAGGCCUGGUGGGGUGGGAGGCAGCUGAGACCCUGUGGGGGUGGCAGGUGGAGGAGGGAGGGGUGCAGAACUAUGAUGUGGCUAACCAGGUCGUCUCCCCUCAGAAACUACUGACCUAUCUUCUGUUGCUUUCCCUGAAGCCUUACAGAGAAAAGGAGUUUGGUGUGAGCUCCUUAAGGCUCUUAUAUGCCUUGCAUCCUAUCACUUCCCUGCAUCCUGUUAUCAACUCAGAUGUGGGCCAGGUUUGGAAGAAGGAGAUACCCCAGAUGUUGCAGAUCCUAGAUGGUCAGUCAUUAGUGGCCAUCAAUGAUGAUGACUGGCUGGAAAAACUCGCCAAAACCAUCUUGGAGAAGAUAAAUUACUUUAAUGAUGAUGAGGAGAAGGCUUUCCUAUAUAAAUUCUUUGGCUUUACCCUGCGGACCUCAAGGAAUCUUCAGCUGGUGAAGACCAUGCUCUCAUCCAUCCUGAACAGUGCCCAUGAGGAACUGCAGGAGAGAGAGGGCAUUGCUGUGGCGCUUGGCAUCGUGUCCUUGGGACAUCUGAAGAUAACUCUGGAUGAGCUGAAGGAAUAUAGUACUAUACUCAUGGACCAAGACACAUCAUCCAUCCUCAAAUUGAUGAAGGAAUAUCAGCAAAGGGAGUGGGGGCUGGUCUGCAGCACCAUCUACUUAAGCUACGGCAAGAUUAUCUUAGAGAGCAAGGGAGCCAUCUUCCAUCAUUUGGAUACUAUCCUGGCCUCGGUCCUACAGCACUACCACAACUGCAUUGUGGAAAAGGAUAACAAUGUGAAGGUGGAUUUCUUGAAUGCUCUAUCCCGUGUGACAGUCAUCCUGAGCAACCUGUCCAUCACCUUGCAACAUGACAUUCCCCAAAAAAUAGAAAUUAUAUCCUUCAUGGUGGAGCUAAUCAGGGAGGAGCCAGUGAACUGUGUCUCCAGCUCCAUUAGGAGGACGGCCAUGAACAUCAUCACUGACUUCAGGAAUUUCAAGCCUCUCUUAGAACCAGAAAACACAGUAGAGGUGCUUCAAACAUGCUUCAAGAGUGUGCUGUCCCUGCCAUCCUCCAACGUCAUACGGAAAGAAGCAUCUAGUCCCAAGGAGGGCCAGGCCAAUGUGGAACUAUUCAGGGAGACCUUGCAAUCUCUUCGAAGAGUAAUGGAAGCACUGGUCACUGAGAAGGCCACUCAGAUCCAUGUCUGCUUGCAGGUACUGAACACGUGGCUUAACUCCCUGAAGGACAGUGAGCGGGAACGGGCCAUGUGGUGUGCUGCCCGUAUUCUUGGCUUCACUGCGAAAAUGAAUAACUUUGAAGUAGAAAUUCAGUUUACCUGGCUGGGGUGCCUGGUAAGGCUGCUGGCCAUACGUUGUCAGGACCCAGUGGACAACAUCUGCUUCUUGUCUGCCCAGGCUGUCUACAACCUCUACUGUAUCCUCCAGCAGCAAAAGCAGGUGACAAGGAAAAAACAAGGCUUAUGGGAAGAAGAGCACAAAAAUGAGGUCUAUAGUGCCAAUGUAUUCUAUAACAACACCUAUAGAAUUGCCAAGGCAUUUGCAGAGUACUUCACCCAGAUCCAGCUCACCAACCUUGUGCUGACAGCCGUGAAUGACCUAACUGACAGUGAGUCCAAGGUGUCUCUGGCUGCAGCCCAGCUAAUGAGUGCAGUUAUGAAAGAACGGGGAAGAGACAUGCUAAAGAUCGAGGAGAUUGUGGAGUGCAUUCUUGAACGGCUCAACUCUCAGCUGGAGCCCAGCACAAAGGAGGAAACCCUACAGGCCAUGAGCUCACUAGCAGGCAGCAACACCCACACCGUGGUGCCCAUGCUGCUCAACAAACCCCUGCCUUGGGAUAGAACCCAACUGGCCCUGUGGAAGGCAUUUGGCACCCAGCGAGAAACGACAAUAAAUGUUCUGCAGCUGCUUAUGGGCAUCUUGGAGAAGACCUACACCAGAGAAGAACGGAAGGAGAUGUCCUUCCAGCCUGUGGCGGUAGCAUGUGCCUUGUGUGAGAUGCUCUCAGAGACCAUAUGCCAGGAGGCGGUUCAGGAGCUAUACCCACGACUCUUGCUGUCUGUGCUGUUCCACCUCUACUGGGUGAUUGAGCAACGUUCCCCACAGAAGAUGGUGGUUUACACCAAGGAGGGGUCCCCAGGUGGCAAGAGCAAGCCUUUUGACCCCACUGGUUGUGCCUUGGAGGUAGUCAAAUUGGUGUUCAAGGCGGCUGCGUAUGAUGAAGUGGUAGUCUAUGCCAGUGAACAUCAAUGCUGGGAACUCCUGUCCAGCCCCAAAUCUUACUACAUAGGUAUCAUGGACUUGACAAGCAACUUCUGGUUUCAUAUGUCCCUUCCCAGUGGCAUUGUGAAGAAUUGUGAACCCUUUAUCCUGCACCGAAUUGUGAGCCAUGUCAGGAACCUACUCUAUAGCUUGGAUGAUCAUCAGAAGGUCAUGGCCAGGACCUUCUAUGUGCAGCUCCUCUGGCACUCAUCAGUAGCAAAGAUAAUAGGGCAAGACUUUGUGGGUGAUCUAAUCAGAUGGAUCAAGGAGCCCAACCUCAUCAUGAAGGAAAUCGGUCUUCGAGGAAUCAGUAACCUGGCACUACACCCAGGAAAUUCAGAGAUACUUCAGAGCCUGGUUCCACUUUUGCGAGACUUACUGAAUAACGAGGUGCGAGUAGCAGUGCAAGCAGUGAAGACCCUGCGGAAUAUCAUCUACCACGGGCAAGGGGAGGACACCAAGGUGGUCUUUUGUAACAUCUCCAGGCAACUGCGUCCACUCAUCAAUGAUGAGAGGGACCAAGUGAGGAUCUCAGCCAUCUCUGCCCUAAGCUACAUGUUACGCCGAAUUUUCAAAUUGAAGCCUGGGUCCUUCGUUCGCAAAGAGGUCUUCACUUUUCUAGUCCCAUUGCUGCUCAGCAUUCAGGACAACAAUAUUGAGGUGGUUAAGGCCUGUGGCGGGACCCUGACUGAGUGGACUCACGUGCUUGGCUGGUCAUCACUCACAGAGACGUUCCGGCAUACCACACUCAGUGAUCACAUCCAGGUAGUAGGAGAAACUUGCAAAUUCCUGUACCACCCAUCUGUGGCUCCACAGGUGGGCCAGCGCAAAUAUCAUCAACUUGGGGACUUACUAUUCCAGAGCUUUGGCUUCCUGAAGCGACCACAGCCCUUCCUAAGGGCAGCUGCAGUCAAUUUCAUAGGAUUAACAACUAAGAGCAUAAACAUGAAUUGCAUACAUGAUGAUGAUGUACAGCUGAUACGGCAUGCUCUUGAAUGUGUGAAGAAUGAUCCCAGAGAUGCUAUCAAGGUGAUAGCCAAUGCUAUCCUGAAAAAAAUAGAUGAAGAUGUGAAGAUCCAGGGUUCCUAUGCUUCCAGGCUGAGCCAAAUCAGCAAUAACUUCCUCAGAGGUUUUGGCAUCAAAACCAGAAAGAGAAAGAAGCACCUGUUUAGGACUGUCAAACGGGAAAUGGAUAUUGAUGAGAAUCAUUAA